GUGUGCGCGUCAUCCAGUCUCAUGGAGGUCACUGAAACUCUGUCAGUCUGAUACAUCACCUCUGAGUGGACAAGUGCAGACAAGACACCAUGGCUUUGCUACUGGAGCACCAGUUCAGACCACUGCCUGCUGACAGACAAGUGGAAACCAGACCUUUUCUUGAGGCUGCCACUUACCUUCCACUAUUCUUUGACUGCCUUGGCCCGACUAUCUUUGCACCCAUCAAGUCCGACAUAUUAACAAAUAUUACAAAAAUCAAGGCAGUCUAUGACACCAACCCAGGACGCUUUAGAACCCUUCAACAGAUUUUGGAGGUCGAAAAAGAAAUGUAUGGAUCCCAAUGGCCCAAAGUUGGAGCCACACUAGCACUCAUGUGGCUGAAAAGGGGUCUACGCUUUAUCCAAUUGUUCCUUCAAAGUCUGCUUGAUGGUGAAAAGGAUGAAAACAACCCGAACCUCAUUCGAGUCAAUGUGACCAAAGCAUACGAACUGGCGUUGAAGCGAUACCAUAGCUGGUGGCUUCAGCAGCUUUUCAGGGCAGCUUUGUUUGCUGCCCCAUACAGAUCGGACUUCCUGAAGGCCCUCUCCAAAGGCCGUGAAGUGAAGGAAGAAGAAUGUUUGGAGAAGGUAAAGAAAUUCCUGGUCAACUUCUCUGCCACAGUCGAUGCAGUUUAUGAGCUGUACAAUAAAAUGAAUGCUGAUGUUGACUACAGAGUUUGA